UCUUGGUUAAUUACUUUUAUUUUGUUUGAUAUCGUGUCCGGUGUGUGACGUCAUUCCUGGCGACAGUAACUACAACAUCCCGAGUCCGCUUUUGCAGCUUGCAUAUCAGAAACAACGGAUAUAAAAAAAAUACGCCGAGAGAAGAAGGAACCUUUACCUGUAUUCAUAUCUGUGUUAUUUAAGCGUUUUGAAAGUGAGUUGAGACAGGGAUGGCGGAGGAAGAAGAGCGCGGACCCGGUUCGGUUUUUCAGACGUUUGUGCUGAUGGAGGAUCUUCUGGAUAAACUCAAGGUUCUGGAUUAUGAACAGCAUGUUCUGGAUAAACACAGCAUCAAACCCCUUUCCAGGCAUUAUUUUGUCUCUAGCCCUCAUGUGUUGUCAAAUCCUGGAGAGCAGUUCUAUAUGUUCAGUGUAAUUGCCGCCUGGUUGAUUUCUCUGUGCGGCCGGCCGUUUGACACACCGCAGGAGUAUGAUGACCCCAACGCCACUGUCUCCAAUAUCCUGUCUGAGCUGCGUGCCCUAGGGAGCCAGGUUGAUUUCCCCCCAUCUAAGCUGAAGUCUGGGUCUGGAGAGCAUGUUGUUUAUGUUCUAGAUCAGCUGGUAGAAAAGGCACUAAAGAGUAAAGGAUUCACCUGGGACAGGCCGACUUACCCGUCUGUGGAGGUGGAAGAUGAGUGUGUGCAGGAAGAUGAUGCUGAGCUCACACUCAGUAAAGUUGAGGAAGAAAUGACACAGGAGGAUGAGGAGUAUGAGGAAGAGGAUGGCCUUGAUUUAGAUGCAUUGAAGACCAGAACCAAUCCGAGUGAACUCAGUGGAUGGAGGCCUGCGGUGGUUCUGGAGUCAGAUGUUGAUGCCGCUGAAUGGAAUCUGGAGGUGGAGCGAGUUCUUCCACAACUAAAAGUCACCAUUCGAACCGACAACAAGGAUUGGAGGAUUCAUCUUGAUCAAAUGCAUCAACAUCAAGAAGGCAUCAACACAUCCUUGCAAGAUGCCAAGGGGUGUCUGUUUAAAUUGAGGGAGGACAUCAGUAAAACAUUGGAGAAAGUGAGCAGUCGUGAGAAAUAUCUCAACACUCAGCUUGAGCAUCUUAUUUCAGAGUACCGCCAGGCACAAGCACAGCUCAACAAGGUAAAGGAGCUUUAUCAGCAGGCCAGUGGAGGCGUCACAGAGAGAACCAGGAUUCUAGCUGAAAUCAGCGAAGAGCUAGAAAAAGUCAAACAGGAAAUGGAAGAGAAAGGCAGCAGCAUGUCUGAUGGAGCUCCAGUGGUGAAGAUCCGUCAGAGUCUGACCAAGCUGAAGCAGGAGAUCGAGCAGAUGGAUGUUCGGAUGGGAGUGGUGGAGCACACGUUACUGCAAGCCAAACUCCGAGAGAAAAACAACAUGACCAGAGACAUGCAUGCGACACACCUCUUAGAACCCAACACACAAACUUACUGAGAAACUUACUGUUGGUUAUAUUUUGUGUUUAAAUAAGUGUAAAUAACUAAAUAUCUAGUAUUGAACAAUAAAGUAAAUAUUCUAACUA